UAUCUUGCCUGUUUAGCAUGCCCCUGCCUGAUAUUUUGCGCUUCUGAUAUUCAACGGAAAUUGCAUUUUCUGGCCUGUGAACGCCGCUGCUUUCCGAACUAUCAUUACUUUGGUUUUUAACUAAAAAAGGGUAAUCGAGAGAUAAUAGCGCGCAGCGAUUAAGACUUGAGUCUGAGAUGUCUCAUCGUGAUCAACAAUGACGGAGGAAGGGGGAAAUCAUAAGGCUUAUAUAAUUACUAUUCCUAUCACUAUUCCGUGAACUAGUAAUACUGCUAUUACUAUAGUAAUUACUAUACUAUUACUACCCAAUGCCGAACACUAAUCCUAUCAUGCCACCUACAAUAACUGUUCGACAUUUUUAGCGAUAACAUCGUUUAGUGGACUGGAAAUCAUGACUCUCAGUCAUCUUAUUGCAACUCGACUCAAAGAAUUUCUCGACUUGGAUGACACCAUUAUCGGAGUUUACAGCAUUGAGUGCGAAGGAAGCACAUUUUUGAGUACCUAUUUGCUUACCGGCGUAGUAGUCUUCAAAAUGACCGCAUAUAAAGCUGGAAGACUGCUCAAAUACCAUGAGCAUCAUCGCUUGUUUCCUUAUCAGAUAUUCUGUCUUUACUUUGUACUCAUUGUUGGUUACAUUUUCGUUUUGUCUGUCUUUACCAUAUUCAUUCAUCCUGUCAUUUUCGCUUUCAUUCUACCAUUCAUUUGCAGGAGCUCGACCCUGUCUGAUGUUGGUUUUCGUUUCGACCCUAUAGAGUCUCAUUCUUCAAUAUGCGUUUCCUUGCAGCCACUUUACCCGUUUUAUGGGGCUGUACUUUGGCUCUACAUAAUCGACGUUUAUUCUCACGAUCCAGUACUAUCUGCUGCAGGAAGUUCUACUCCAGUUACCGUUGAGCUACGUACGCGCGAACAUAAACGUGGAAAUUCCAGUAGAAGACCCACCACUAUCGCUACGACGAAGCCAACCUCUACCUCUAAGGCUUCUACUUCCAAGGCUUCUACUUCCAAGUCUGGAACAACCGAUUCUUCCAGCACUAUAUCUUCCACCUUGAAUUCUUCUUCAGCAGAGACUGUUAAACCUACGAGUGUAACGUCCAGCGCAUCCGUUUCCUCGACAUCUUCUAGUUCCAAGCCUGACACCUACAAAGUUCCAUACCCUACCGCGGCAGUCAAUAUAUGUGAUGUGCUCAUUCAAUGCGAGAGUGAUUACGACCUGGUAUCCUCGGAUGAUGCUGACACGAAUUUGACUGUCCGAUCCCUAAAACGUCAAAAUGGUGGUAAUUUCAAGGUCACACUUUCCGAACCUGUUUCCAACAGGGGAUACCUCGACAUCCACCGGCAUUUAGAGAAACGUGGAGGAUCACGAACAUAUGAUGCCACCGUGAACAGGAAAAAGAAGCUGCAAAUCAAAUCAUUACCGUACAUCGAGAACCCGAAAUUCUUCGUUAUUGCGAAAAACAGUAAGAUAAUAUUCGACUUCAAGAGUAAACGCGCCGACGACUACGAGGUCGCCAUUGUUGACCCUAAACAAAGCCAGGGUUUUGUGGUCGAACACAUCAUUGAACUUCAAUCUGUAAAAAUGUUCCUCGAAAAGCUCAUGGGUGGAGGAGAGGUAGAAAACAAGUACACCAUCGCAAAUCACAUAGACGCUCAAUGGUUCCAGAAUGAGUGGAAUAAGAAGUUGGAUGACAAGAAGGUUGACCAAAGAAAGAAAUUCGACGCCAAGCUCCCAGCCCAGGAAUCUAUCAAUGACCUUUUUUUUCAGGCUCUAGGAUCCAACCAAAACAUUGAUGAUUUUGUCAUGUUGGAGAGUCAGAUCAAUGAGAUGAAAAAACGGCUUUGGAUGGGUAAGGGUAAGUAA